GGCCCUCAUGUAUUAUAUUAUAUACUUGUGUACAUGAAUGUUUGUGUGUCUAUAUGUGUAGGGUUAUUUUGUACAUUUAAAUGUUAAACGGUGUCUUAAAUCAUUUGAAGUAAACAUGAGUGUUGGGAUAUAUUAUCCCGGCCUAUUACUGUUCAGGAGUCCAAGGCUUUACGUAGUACGGAGCCCGAGCAGCUAGGCCCAUUUCGGCCCAUCCGGCCCACUUUAGCCAUUUGGGUCCACUCCGGCCCAUGCGGCCCAUUAGGGCGGAGAGCAUCCCCUUCCCCUAUUCUCUAUAAAUAUGGGAGUUUCCCUCCAUAUUAGGGAUCUUUCCUUCUUCCUUCUUCCUUUAGAAUAGUUUUGCAAGAUUCCAUUAAUGGAGCUCAAAUUGUACUAUGUAAUGGUGAGGAGAGUCUAAUGAGAAUGAGAGGGCUUGGACAUUAGCCUAAAAAGUCCCGUGGUUUUCUCCCUUUCGGGUUUCCACGUAAAAACUGAGUGUUCAUACAUAUAUUUAUUAUAUCGUGUUGGAUUAAACUCAACACUGGCGCCGUCUGUGGGAAUCUGUCCAAAAAGAUUCAUGUAUUUCUACUGUUCUUGAGUUUCUACUGAGUUUCUACGAAAAACUCAUACGAAAUGGACUGAUUUCAACAAAAACAACAACAAAGAAAUGAUUCUGGGAAAAGGAGACGUCCGUGAGAUAUGAGAGUUGCAGAUCUGGAAUUUCAGAAGUCUGGGCCCGCCGGAGCUCUGUCAGAGACCACGCUGCCGCCAUGAACCAUUCGCUGCUGCUCCUUGGCUAGCUGUAAGUCCAAAUCUGGAUUCUUUCCAGAUCUUACUCGAGGUCGCCGGAGCUGCCGUCACCGUCCCGGCCGCUGUGGAACCUCCCUUGUGUUCACCUGUAGCAGACGAAGGCACUGCAGCACCCCAGACCUCGCAACACCUGCAACACAGUUGCCCACCGCUCACAGCUACCUCCGCCACCGUGCCGGCACGACCUGAGGUACCUGUCGGCUGGGAGUUAUUUUAUUCCCGCCGUUAGCGGUGGUGUAGACCUCAAGAAAGAUACCAGACACUAGCCGCUCAGACCGUACUUGCUCUGCUGCGACUGACAUCUCUACCGGCAGAGAGUGGCCGGCACGUACGAACAGCGUCUGGCUCCACCUUUCCUUUUCUAAGAAGUAAAGAGUCCGUAUAAACUACCUUGGUCUAAAGCGGACCACGUCCGCACGUUUGAGACCAAGUAAUGGAAGGCCAACUUUCAGUUGAAGAUUUAACCCAGUCAAAAUUGGGGGAAUUCUGCCUAAGCCGAGGAGGCUGUCCAAGACGCUCGUGGCUGAAUGGUUGGAGUUGGAAACCCAUGACCAAGUCAAAAUCGAAAAAGGGAAUCAAAAAAAUCUCAGAAAUUCCUAGCUGGCCGAGCCUCCUUUUCCAAAGCUAAGUGCUCUAACUCCUUCACUUUUCAUUGAAGCAUGAUUAAUAUUGCUAUUAAUUUAAUCACCAUUAUUCAUUAGGGAGCAAAUAUCCCGAAAUUAAAUAAUGUCGAGCAAGGCUCAAAUGAGUAAAGCUCUAGUGAUAAUUAAUUUCACCGUCAUUUUAAUUAAUGAUGGGUUGUUGUGAGCCUGUGGGCCCGCUCCUGAUCGGCUUUAAUUAGCGAACGGAGUAUACCUGAAUGGCCUUUGAUAGAAUAAUAUCAUUGUUACUACCGGUUAUAUCACUAUUAUUUAUUGGGGAUAAAAUGUCCCGAAUUAAAUAAUGCGGAGCGAGGCUCUAGUGAUAGUUAGUUCGGCCAAUAUUCUAUUGAAUAUUUAAUUUUUUGUGGGGCCUGUUGGCCCACUCUCGAUCAGCUUGAUUAAGUGAUCCGAGCGUCCCCGGAAGGGCGAUGCCCCGACGACGCAUUUUAAUUUGAGGGGUGCGCAUUAAUCCGCAUGGCACUACGUGCCCGAUCGACGAUCAUACCCCAAUGUAAUCCGCGCCGCUAGGCGCGAAGUGACUAUUGCCAAACGCGGCCUGUGGGGCCCCAAGGGCACCAGAGCGCUCGGCCUCGUGUUUCCGAGGGCGGUGCGACCAACUUGGGUCUGAGUUUGAAAACUCACAGACCAAUGAGUAUUUCUAUGUGACGUUCAGCGGGCUGCUAAUUGGCCUCGCCGCGAGCUGCUACGUCCCUUAACCCCGCACGAUGAGCCGGGCCGAGGGUCACGAUGACCCAUAGGCCGGUAAUCGUGGAUGUUAAAGAGAAAGCCAUGCAGAUGGUUAUGUGUGUAUACAUAUUGUCGGGCCGUGCGGCCCGUUACCAUACUUAUUGCGCAGCUGAAGCCACUCGACGCGCUCGAGCAAAAUGAUUAAAAGACGCUCGGCCCGAGUCUUGAAGACGUUCAGGGCCAGCUAAAGAGGAGACCAUCACGGCUGAGGACCGUGAGACGAACAUCUCCACCUAGAGGCUGAGGGCCUAGAGGAGACCACCACGGUUGAGAACCGUGGGAUGAGCAUCUCCACCCCAGAGACCGAUGGCCUAGGAAGAACACCUAGAGGCCGAGGGUCUAGAGGGAACUGUCACGGCGAAGAACCGUGAGACGAUCAUCCAUCAUUCAGAGGCCGAAGGCCUAGAGGAGACCAUCGCGGCCGAGGGCCAACUGACACAAUCAUAUCACGACCGGCCUCUCGGCACGGCGUGAUUAUCAUCUUCUGAAGACCGGUAUCAUCCCCGCGCUGCGCGGAUGAGAGCCAUUGCAUGGGUACACUUGAUCGGCCUCUCAUUGCCGACAUCAUUAUAUCACGACCGGCCUCUCGGCACGGCGUGUUUAUCUUUUGAAGACCGGCCUCGUCCCCGCGCUGCGCGAAUGAGGACUGUUGCUUGAUUUUAGGUCGGCCUCUCAUUGCCGACAUCAUUAUAUCACGACCGGCCUCUCGGCACGGCGUGUUUAUCUUUUGAAGACCGGCCUCGUCCCCGCGCUGCGCGGAUGAGGACCGUUGCUUGAUUUUAGGUCGGCCUCUCAUUGCCGACACCAUUAUAUCACGACCGGCCUCUCGGCACGGCGUGUUUAUCUUUUGAAGACCGGCCUCGUCCCCGCGCUGCGCGGAUGAGGACCGUUGCUUGAUUUUAGGUCGGCCUCUCAUUGCCGACAUCAUUAUAUCACGACCGGCCUCUCGGCACGGCGUGUUUAUCUUUUGAAGACCGGCCUCGUCCCCGCGCUGCGCGAAUGAGGACCGUUGCUUGAUUUUAGGUCGGCCUCUCAUUGCCGACAUCAUUAUAUCACGACCGGCCUCUCGGCACGGCGUGUUUAUCUUUUGAAGACCGGCCUCGUCCCCGCGCUGCGCGGAUGAGGACCGUUGCUUGAUUUUAGGUCGGCCUCUCAUUGCCGACAUCAUUAUAUCACGACCGGCCUCUCGACACGGCGUGAUUAUCUUAUUCGAAGACCGGCCUCGUCCCCGCCACCUCGCGGACGAGGGCCGUUGCUUGACCAUAUCUUGAUCGGCAUCUCAUGGCCGACACUAUCAUACCACGACCGGCCCCUCGGCUCGGCGUGUUCAUCUUUUGAAGACCGGCCUCGUCCCCGCCACAUCGCGGACGAGGACCGUUGUUUGAUUCUUUCAGGUCGGCCUCUCACUGCCGACACUAUCAUGUUAUGUUCGGCCUCUCGACACGACAUAUUAUCUUUUGAAGACCGGUUUCAUCCCCGCCCUGCGUGGAUGAGAGCCGUUGCGUGGAUAUAUCGGCCUGAUCGGACACUAUUGUCAUCUCCUUAUCAGGACCGACUGCUCAGCGGCAUUAUGAUCAUUGUUUGUCGGCUCCCAAUGCCGACCCUCUUGAGUUUGCGAUCGGGCUCACGACUCCCCUCCAGGAGGGUGGCCAGGGCCUUCGCAUGACGAUCAGCUAUUCUAUCGCCUCGUCAUUAUAUUCGUUCGCUAUCGCACCACCAUUAUGUGUGACAACCUGUUCAUCCUUGCGAUGUCGGCGGACACCGAACGUCUCCUCGAAGUAGGGACGCCGGUGGGACCAGGGACCAAGGACGAACGAAGCACCAGGGAAUCUCGAUGUAGAUAAACCUGUUCAUCCUUGCGAUGUCGGCGGACACCGAACGUCUCCUCGAAGUAGGGACGCCGGUGGGACCAGGGACCAAGGACGAACGAAGCACCAGGGAAUCUCGAUGUAGAUAAACCUGUUCCUCAUUGAGAUGUCGGCGGAUACCGGACGUCUCCUCGAAGUAGGAACGCCGGUAGGACCAGGGACCAAUGACGAACGAAGAAUAUAGAUUGCCUCCCUCAAAAAAAAAAAAACAAAAAAAAAAAACAAAAAAAAAAAAAAAAAAAAAAAAAAAGAUGGGGAGAAGAGGAGGGUAGCUCCUAUGUGGAAGGGAAUCUUGCCCGGGCGUGCCAGAUCUUCUCCCACCGCCGAAGACGAACGCCCCUCGAUGUAGAGGUUAGUAGAGACGCGGAGGGGGCUAGACGAACCAAGGGAGCCUUGCCAAGAUAAACCUGUUUAUCCCACAAAUGACCAUGGAUCGAUGGACGUGGGAUAACAAAGACGGGAACCCGUGAGGGUAGACCAGUUCGUCCCUGCGAGUCCUUGGGUAUCGAACGUCCUCUUCGAAGCAAGAGACGUCGGUAAGGCUAAAAGGACCACGGACGAACGAAAAAAGGGGGGAAUCUCGAUGUAGAUAAACCUGUUCCUCCUUGCGAUGUCGGCGGACACCGAACGUCUCCUCGAAGUAGGGACGCCGGUGGGACCAGGGACCAAGGACGAACGAAGACUAAAAGACUCCAAAAAAAAAAAAAAAAAAAAAAAAAAAAAAAAAAAAGAGAAAGAAAGAUGCCAGAAGAGCACGGAGCAAAGAAUGAUUUUAUCCCUCGGCGCUAUUGGCCGGGAAGUACAAACUGAAAAACAUAUGUAAAGAAUAAUUACAAGACUUAAGUACGAAGAAUGAAGUGGCCGACGACGAUCGGCUAACAUCAGGUUUUCUUUUGCCUCGAACGACGAUUAGCUCCCCAGAUCAGGUAGAAGGGACAUCGCCCAGAUUUAUUUCAGGCUCACCAUUCCUUCCCGGAUGGAGUCCUGGCAGACGAUCGGCUUCUCACAGCCAAUCAGGAGAGAGACUUGACACAUCACCAGCACGGCCGAGGGCCGUGAGACGAUUACCACUCACCGACAGGCCGAGGGCCAUGAGAUGAUCAUCACUAUUUUUCUGUAUCACGAUCGGCCCCUCAGCGCCAUCGUGUCCAGAUUCACGGUACGGCUCGCCCAUUCCCUCCAGGAUGGCGACGACCGUCUUAUGCAGCACGAUCGGCCCCUCAGCGCCAUCGUACCCAGCUCACGUUCAGCUCGUCCAUCCCUUCCAGGGUGGCGACGAACGUCUUAUGCAUCACGAUCGGUCCCUCAGCGCCAUCGUGUCCAGACUCACGGUUCGUCUUGCCCAUUCCCUCCAGGAUGGCGACGACCGUCUUAUGCAGUACGAUCGGCCCCCUCAGCGCCAUCGUACCCAGCUCACGUUCAGCUCGUCCAUCCCUUCUAGGAUGGCGACGAACGUCUUAUGCAUCACGAUCGGCCCCCUCAGCGCCAUCGUGUCCAGAUUCACGGUUCGGCUCGCCCAUUCCCUCCAGGAUGGCGACGACCGUCUUAUGCAGUACGAUCGGCCCCUCAGCGCCAUCGUACCCAGCUCACGUUCAGCUCGUCCAUCCCUUCCAGGGUGGCGACGAACGUCUUAUGCAUCACGAUCGGCCCCUCAGCGCCAUCGUGUCCAGACUCACGGUUCGUCUUGCCCAUUCCCUCCAGGAUGGCGACGACCGUCUUAUGCAGUACGAUCGGCCCCUCAGCGCCAUCGUACCCAGCUCACGUUCAGCUCGUCCAUCCCUUCCAGGGUGGCGACGAACGUCUUAUGCAUCACGAUCGGUCCCUCAGCGCCAUCGUGUCCAGACUCACGGUUCGUCUUGCCCAUUCCCUCCAGGAUGGCGACGACCGUCUUAUGCAGUACGAUCGGCCCCUCAGCGCCAUCGUACCCAGCUCACGUUCAGCUCGUCCAUCCCUUCCAGGAUGGCGACGAACGUCUUAUGCAUCACGAUCGGCCCCUCAGCGCCAUCGUGUCCAGAUUCACGGUUCGGCUCGCCCAUUCCCUCCAGGAUGGCGACGACCGUCUUAUGCAGUACGAUCGGCCCCUCAGCGCCAUCGUACCCAGCUCACGUUCAGCUCGUCCAUCCCUUCCAGGGUGGCGACGAACGUCUUAUGCAUCACGAUCGGCCCCUCAGCGCCAUCGUGUCCAGACUCACGGUUCGUCUUGCCCAUUCCCUCCAGGAUGGCGACGACCGUCUUAUGCAGUACGAUCGGCCCCUCAGCGCCAUCGUACCCAGCUCACGUUCAGCUCGUCCAUCCCUUCCGGGGGUGGCGACGAACGUCUUAUGCAUCACGAUCGGUCCCUCAGCGCCAUCGUGUCCAGACUCACGGUUCGUCUUGCCCAUUCCCUCCAGGAUGGCGACGAACGUCUUAUGCAGUACGAUCGGCCCCUCAGCGCCAUCGUACCUGGCUCACGGUUCGGCUCGCCCAUUUCCCUCCAGGAUGGCGACGACCGUCUUGUGCAGCACGAUCGGCUUCUCAGCGCCAUCGUGUCUCUUUCACGUUCGGAUAGCCCCAUUCCCUCCAGGAUGGCGACGAACGUCUUAUGCAGUGCGAUCGGCCCCUCAGCGCCAUCGUACCUGGCUCACGGUUCGGCUCGCCCAUUUCCCUCCAGGAUGGCGACGACCGUCUUGUGCAGCACGAUCGGCCUCUCAGCACCAUCGUGUCUGGCUCAUGUUCGGCUCGCCCAUCCCUUCCAGGAUGGCGACGAACGUCUCUUAUGCAGCACGAUCAGCGCCCCAGCGCCAUCGUGUCUGGCUCACGUUAGGGUCGCCCAUCCCUUUCAGGAUGGCGACGAACGUCUCUUAUGCAGCACGAUCAGCGCCCCAGCGCCAUCGUGUCUGGCUCACGUUAGGGUCGCCCAUCCCUUUCAGGAUGGCGACGAACGUCUCUUAUGCAGCACGAUCAGCGCCCCUGCGCCACCGUGUCUGGCUCACGUUAGGGUCGCCCAUCCCUUUCAGGAUGGCGACGAACGUCUCUUAUGCAGCACGAUCAGCGCUUCAGCACCAUCGUGUCUGGCUCACGUUAGGGUCGCCCAUCCCUUUCAGGAUGGCGACGAACGUGUCUUAUGCAGCACGAUCAGCGCCCCAGCGCCAUCGUGUCUGGCUCACGUUAGGGUCGCCCAUCCCUUUCAGGAUGGCGACGAACGUCUCUUAUGCAGCACGUCUGCCUCUCGGCGCUGACAUGCCCGGUUUAUCGAUGAGAGCUACCGCUCCUAUCACAUCUUGUAUUCUCUCUCUCAUACAUUGCACCCAUACAUUACAUGCAUUCAUGCAUCAUACCUCAUACAUUCAUACAUACACACGUGCAUCAUGUUUUGACAGUACCGCGACGUCGGUUUAUAGAUGCAUGGACCUCUAAGCUUCUCCGUUGGAAAGCUCGAGUCAGAGUCCUUUACUCUCGCCUGAUGCAUUCAGGGGGAGCGUGCCCGUGGAGGAGCACCCUUCGCCCAACCCCGUUGGGAACGGGGGUGCCUCACUGGCAGAUUACGUUCAGGAGUGUGGACAUCCACUCGUAUAUUAUGAUUAUUCGAAGACACAGUUUCCAGCAAGACAGAGGAAGAGCGCAGGCAAGAGUAUAUUUUCUCGAGCAGAUUCGCGAGCUCACUACUCAAGAAACUGGGGGACUUGUGUUGGGAUAUAUUAUCCCGGCCUAUUACUGUUCAGGAGUCCAAGGCUUUACGUAGUACGGAGCCCGAGCAGCUAGGCCCAUUUCGGCCCAUCCGGCCCACUUUAGCCAUUUGGGUCCACUCCGGCCCAUGCGGCCCAUUAGGGCGGAGAGCAUCCCCUUCCCCUAUUCUCUAUAAAUAUGGGAGUUUCCCUCCAUAUUAGGGAUCUUUCCUUCUUCCUUCUUCCUUUAGAAUAGUUUUGCAAGAUUCCAUUAAUGGAGCUCAAAUUGUACUAUGUAAUGGUGAGGAGAGUCUAAUGAGAAUGAGAGGGCUUGGACAUUAGCCUAAAAAGUCCCGUGGUUUUCUCCCUUUCGGGUUUCCACGUAAAAACUGAGUGUUCAUACAUAUAUUUAUUAUAUCGUGUUGGAUUAAACUCAACAAUGAGCUUACAACACUGCUUAGUUUAUGCGUCGCUUAUUAACGCGAGUCUUAAUAAGCACCUUUUAAUAACCUUUGAAGUAAACGUGUCCUAAGAAUAAUUACAAUCAGAAAUCUAGAGAUGUACAAGUAUAUCAGAGUUUAAGUAAAGCUUGACAAUGAUGCGCAGUAGCUCUUAUGCAGCUAGAUGUGAAAGUGAUGAACAUGUGUCUUGCUUAAUCUACCUAUUUAAUUUCGUAUCUCAACACUUACUGAAAGAGUGUAAUAACUAAUGUAGAGCUUAAUGGAAAUUAGUAUUGAAUGUUAAAGUGAACUUUCAAAGUCUGCCAUAGUUAUUGAAGUAUUAAAGGGUGAUGAGUAUUUAUAGUAUUUGAAACCUUUAAUUCAGGUAGAAAAUUAUUUCAUAUUGAUUAGAGCAUGAUAGAUAGUUUAAUUCCCACUGAUAGAUAGGUUUAUUAACAUUACAAAGUUCUUAAAUAUAAUAUCAACUACCUGUUCAAAUUCAAAUUUGCAUAAACCUCUCUAUGUACAAAUUUGUAUAGUGGUCUAGACGUCUAAUGAACGGCCCACAUGUAGGGCGUUCAAUAGAUCGUUGCGGCAAAUGAUCAUUCAUCCAAAAAUGGCAAGACCGUGGUCAACACAUAAUUAAGUUGAUCCCCAAUUUACAUUAAGCCCAAAACAGUUAUCAAAUGGCUCAUGAGCAUAAGUUGGUAUGUGGGUCAUUUUCUGAAAUGUGAACGGCAAUUGAAGCCCAAGUUCAACUUGAAAAUCACGCAAAUCUGAAAUAGAACCGUGAUAGGCCGAUGGACUUCCAUUUAGUGGACCACUCGACUAAAAAUUAUUUAUUCUAAUUCCCAUUUUGAUUUCUAAAAAUCUGUUUAAAAUAUGUUUAGAGUGCAUAAGUGGAAUACUAGUACUUAUCGGGUUGAGUUGUGUUUAACGAUCCAGGGCUCCAGGCCAAUUACUUUGGUAUUGGGUGGGCCAGGAUGGGUUCAUUGGAUUUUAAAAACAUUUCCCAAAAAAAUUUAGUAUGUUGGGCUGACCAAUGGCCCACAAGCAAAGACCGGUCUUUUGGGCCACCGCCCAUAGGUAGGCUGAAGGAUUGAUCCGCUAGUGGACCAUAAGUCCAUAACAACCUUGCAACGCCUUAACGAUGAUCCAUCAUCAACAAGACAACAAUAUGUUUAGAAAGAGUGUUUACUAACGGGUGGGAGUAGCUCAACUGGUAGCAAGGGAGUGCCACAAGGGUUAGGUCUCGGGUUCGAAUCCCGGCAACUGCGAUGAGGGGUUACUAUGCUGAAAAAUGCAUAGGGUCUCUGCAAGUACCGGGGACAGAGCCCCACUCUCUAUCUGUCAGAUUGUGAUUAUAGUCCAAUUUACAUCCUCUCAUCGUGCCGUCCGGUCGGUGGUGGGGGCCCUCAGGGAUGGGGUGUCAUCCUUUUUUUAGAAAGAGUGUUUACUAUGAACGUGAUAUACUCAAAACUCAAAAGGCACCAGGGAGUAUGGCUGGAC